CACACACACGCAGGGUGCAGGAGCGCGCGACACAAUGGCGAGGAAACACGACUCGUGUUCUCUGUCUGAUCUUUAACACUGAACGAGAUUGCGCUUGGAAAAUGGACGAACUGACGUGAGCUCGUGGUUGAAGUACAGAUUGUAGUGACCGACAGCACCGACAGAGACUCCGGUUAAACUUGGGCAGUCUAACGGAGCGCUGAGGCAGGAGGAAGGAGGCAAUGAGCGGAAACGGAGCUCCGGGAGCGCAGGAUGCGGCGCAGAAGAACAGCAGCUCCGCCGAUCCUCCUCUUCCUCCACCUCAUCAUCCCGGGCAGACCCGAAUCCCGACGGCACCGAGCUCGCAGGACGCACUGACCUCCUGUUCUUCCUCAUCCUCCGUUUCCUCGUCCUCCGCCGGGCGCGUGGCGCGGACCUGGGUGCGCUUCGCCAAAGCCUUCGUGCUCAUCUUCCCCGUCUACGCGCUCGGUUACUUCGAGUGCAGCGUCAGCUGGUUACUGAUCGGCCUCGCCAUCUUCUUCUUCUGGAGAAGGAACUCGGGCUGUAAGAGCUCCAGGCUGAGCCGAGCUCUGGCGUUUCUCCAGCAGCAGCGAGAGAUGGAGGAAGAGGCGGAGGACAAGAGCGGAGCCGCGCGCGCACUGGAAACCACCGAGCUGCCCUCAUGGGUUCACUUUCCAGACGUGGAGAGAGUAGAGUGGAUCAACAAGACGGUGAAUCAGAUCUGGCCUUAUGCUUGUCGCUUCCUGGAGAAACUCUUUCGGGAGAACAUCGAGCCAGCGGUGAAGGGAACGAACACACACCUAAGCACGUUUUCCUUUACCAAGAUAGAUCUGGGGGACAAGCCUCUCAGGGUCAAUGGAGUCAAGGUUUACACAGAGAACGUGGACACGCGGCAGAUCAUCAUAGACCUCCAGAUCAGCUUCGUGGCAAACACCGAAAUCGAAAUGUACAUCAAGCGAUAUUACUGUAAAGCUGGAAUCAAGAGCAUACAGCUCCAUGGUGUGAUGCGAGUGGUGCUGGAGCCACUGAUGGGGAAAAUGCCGCUGGUCGGUGCCUUUUCUCUCUUUUUCCUCAAGAAACCGCUCCUGGAUGUGGGCUGGGCCGGACUCACCAACAUCCUGGACAUUCCUGGACUUAAUGGAUUCUCAGACAGCCUGAUCCAGGAUGUUAUCUCAAGCUACCUGGUGCUGCCAAACAGGAUCACGGUGCCACUAGUGGGUGACAUAGAGCUGGAGCAGCUGCGGUUUCCAAUGCCUAAGGGAGUAUUAAGGAUCCACUUCCUUGAAGCACAAGAUCUCGAGGGGAAAGACAAGUUGUUCGGUGGUCUGAUCAAAGGCAAAUCAGACCCAUACGGAGUUGUCCAGGUUGCUAAUCAGAUUUUUCAGAGCAAAACCAUUAAAGAGUGUUUAAACCCCAAGUGGAAUGAAGUGUUUGAGGCGACAGUGUAUGAAUAUUCUGGACAGCAUCUAGAGAUUGAGCUGUUUGAUGAAGACCCAGACAAAGAUGACUUCCUGGGCAGUCUAAUGAUUGAUCUGACGAAGCUUCAUAAGGAGCAAAAAGUUGAAGAGUGGUUUGACCUAGAGGAAGCCUCCAGCGGAAAGCUGCAUCUGAGACUCGAGUGGCUUUCACUGAGGUCAGAGCCUGAUAAACUGAAGCAGGUGUUGUGGAGUAUCAGGACCAAUGACAGUUUGUCUUCUGCGCUGUUGAUGGUUUACCUCGACUCUGCCAGGAACCUUCCGAGCGUGUUCGAGGGCAGCUUCAGCUGUGGUAACGAGCGAGGCAGGAGAGGGUCUGGUCUGGUGUUUUCCGACGACUCGUCUUCACUCUGUAAAUCAUUCCUUAGCGAGCAGCUUGAGUUCCACCCCGAUGCUUCCAAACAUCCGUACAGAGGCCUGCUGAAGUCUGGGAGGAAGGUGAACAGUGACCCGAGCCCUUACGUCCAGUUAACCGUCGGACAGAAGACGUACGAGAGCAAGGUCCGCUAUAAGACGUGUGAGCCACUGUGGGAGGAAGCAUUUACCUUCCUGGUUCACAACCCACACACUCAGGAACUACAGUUGGAGGUAAAGGACGAUAAGCACAAGUGCAUGUUAGGUAACAUGCGAGUGGCAUUAACACGUCUACUGAAAGAUGAGGAUAUGACUUUGGUGCAGCAGUUCCCCUUGAACAGCUCUGGCCCAAACAGCACACUCAAACUCAAGCUGGUGCUCAGGAUUCUUAGCCUUGAAAAGGAGACCAUAUUGGGUCAACCAUCCUUAGUCCAAGUCUGUCAUGCCAGCGAAAGUGUUACAAUGUCACAAACAAACCCUACCACAAUCACCACCACCACACAAUCCACCCCCACUACUCAUACAACCCUUUGCAACUCUACUGCCCCUACUGGGGUCACUCUACGUGGAAAGAGAGGUUCGGAGGGCUCACCGGUGAGCCUGGCUCUGACUGAAAUGCAAAAAGACUUCCCACGGAGGGAUUCCGCAUGCAGGGACUCAUCACGCAGAAACUCAACACACAGGGACUCAACACAGAGAGAAUCAACACACAGAGAUUCAACACAAAGUCUGGCAUCGGACACUUCUCUACCCUCAGCUGCUCUGGAGUUAAAACACAGACUGGAACAGCUGCAGAAUGGUUCUAUGCAGUAUCCUCUGGGGGAGGUGCAGCUCACUAUCAGACACAGUUCUCAAAGAAACAAGCUUAUUGUUGUGGCACAUGCUUGCCGUAAUCUGAUCUCAUUGGGGAAAGACGGCUCGGACCCUUACAUCCGUCUCUACCUGCUGCCAGAUAAGAGCCGGAGCGGCCGAAGGAAAACUAGUACUGUGAGAAAGAAUCUCAACCCGAUCUAUGACCAGUCUUUUGAGUUCAAUGUGUCGGCGGUUGAGCUGCACAGGAGGACCCUGGAUGUAGCAGUUAAAAAUGCAGGGGGACUGCUAUCCAAAAAUAAAGGUCUGCUGGGCAAGGUUCUUGUGGAUUUGGGAAGUGAAGAGAUUUCUAAAGGAUGGACUCGAUGGUAUGAUCUGAGUGCAGAUGGAUCUUACUGAUGGUGUGAUAGCAUGAUUAAAAAAGAUGAAACUGUGAACGUCAAUGAAACCAGGCUAAUGAAACCAGGCUGCUUCUGCUGGGACUCCACACACACACACACACACACACACAUUUAUAUAUAUAUAUAUAUAGAUAGGAUUGACAGAGUGUGUGUGUGAGCGUGCAUGUCAUUGCCUUCUCUUACAGUAACUAAUAUAAUUUCUAUUCCAUUUGAAUAAAAAUAAUUUUUCUCGCACUUUCAAGCAACACACAAAUUAUAAACAUAUGUACACAUUCUAUGUACAUUUUACACACAUUCUAUACACACUCUACACAAAAAGGCCCACACUCUAUAAACAAAUGCACAUUUUACACAUGCUCUACACACAUGACGUGAGCAGGCUUGGGCAUGGCAUGAGCAUUCAUUCAUUCAUUCAUUCAUUUUCUACCGCUUAUCCGAACUACCUCGGGUCACGGGGAGCCUGUGCCUAUCUCAGGCGUCAUCGGGCAUCGAGGCAGGAUACACCCUGGACGGAGUGCCA